UUGGUUUUUAUUUGCUUGUUUAUUUCUACACCGUAAUAAGAAAAACGCUUAGUUUUUUUAACAGCAUUAAUGUUAGUCCUUCAAUCUUACAGUUUAAUGUGGGGGUACAUUGCAGAUCGUAAAGGAAAGAAACCAACCCUCAUCGCUUCAACAAUUUUGAUUAUGUUUACCACUUUAGCAUUUGGAUUCACUAGUAACUUUGAUUGGGCUGUUAUUACGCGAUUUAUGCAAGGAUCAUCGUUAGGUAUUGUUUUAAUCUCAAAAUCCAUAACUGCAAAUGUUUGUGACGAUACAAAUAUGGCGUUUGCCAUGUCAAUCUUACUUUCAACAGUUUCGGUUGGUUUCAUUAUUGGACCAAGUGUAGCAGGUGCGUCUUUAUAAAAUUUCACUGAAUGGAUUAGUUACAGUAAAUAGAAAUAUAUUUCGCGAAUGAAGUCUUCUAACUUCUUGCUGUGGUCCUAAUAGCAGUUUCAGUUUUAUAUUUUAUCAUUUUAUAUUUUAUCAUUAUUAUAGUAUGCUCUCUAUAUCUUUCGAUAACGCAUAGUCAAAAAAGAAAUAAUAGUCUGUGUACUCGGCCAUUCCGUGCCGUAAUAAAAAAAGUACUUAAAAAAACUGGGAUGGCGGGAAUAAAGGGCUACGAAAGUGAGGAUUG